AUGGCGGAUGAGUUAUGGGAUGAGUUACAACAUUUAGAGUUUGGAAGGGAGGAUCCAGCUCUGUUUAUUGCACAUGCAGCUUAUGCAACUGUUGAAUCUCGGAAUAGGCUUAGCUUGAUUGCUAGGCCUCUUAGUCCUCGUUCUCAAAACCGCAACGCUGUAAUUGCUAUUUUACCAAAAUCAUGGGGUCUGACUUCUAGAGUUUAUGGAAGAGUGCUUAAUAUAACUUUUGUUCAAUUUCUCUCUCAGUCUGAGGUUGAUCAUUUGUAUGUGCUAAAAAGGGAACCGUGGUUAUAUAACAGUUGGUUUGUCACGGCUCAGAGAUGGGAGGUAAAUCUUGCUUUUGAGUUCUUGUCAAAUAUUGACUUGUGA